AUGAAUGAUGCAGCGCAACUCUGCCAUAUCGGCAAGCACUCCAAGCCUCUUGCUUCAUUUCGCCACCAGCGAUUCCAACACCAGACCACUUCAUCGUGUCUAGACUGCCGUACCGGAAGCAUUUGCACCACACUCUCCCAACGGCCUCCUCCACCCCUGGCCGAUACCUCACCCCCGACUGCUCAGGACCCAGUCGCCACCACUUCCUCACCUUCGCAAGACUCCACCGCCCCUACCACUGUCCCCCCACCCCUACCACCCCCUUCCAUGUCGGUUCCUCCCACGCUACCUGCAUAUCCAUCCGCUGUCCCCCUUCCGACACCAGCACCAUCAGCACCUGCUCAGACCUUUGUAACAUGCACAGAUCUAUCUGCCAGCAUUGGCGAGCUCCGCCAGUUCCUUCAAGACGAGUUCGCUGAUAUACUGCAGAGGGUAGCUAGUACUCCGCCGUCAGCUCAACCACUCCUGCCUGCACCUUUCCUGCAGCCUCAGCCGUCUCCCGCCUUACCUGCCGAAAUUGGUGAGUACCAAUCUGACAUCACGUUUCCGUGGCUAUCGGGUGACCUGAUUGACAAAAUCCACCAAGACACGCUUAGUGUCUACGACCUCCCGAAGCUUGCAAACCCAUCAUGGCCUGGUGCUCCGGCUCUGGAAGACAACGCCCUAGUCUUGAUUGAGGGUUUCUCCGUGGUCAAAGGCCAAUCCACUUCGACGUCCAACCGCCAAUUCAUCAAAGCAGUUCCAAGUUUUUCGACGUUUGGCCGACUUUGGGUUGUCUAUCUGUCACUCCGGUCAUCCAGCUCCCAUGACUGUGACCUCCCCGUCAGCCUCGGCUGUUUUUACCAACACGUUGCAGACCUAUCUGAGGUUUUCCCUAGGACCGAGUCGCCAGCUAUGUCAUUGCUGUCUGCACAUCUCGUCUUGGCUGGGCCAACGCCACCGAGUGGUCUCGUUUCAACACCAAGCUGCAUGCCUCCCACUUCCAAGGAGUGCCAGCAUGAUCUACCACCGCUCCCAGCAUCAAACGACCCGCCCCCCGCCUCGACGAUCCUCGACGUGACCAGGUUUGCAUCUCUUGGAACCAAGGUCGUUGCUCUGGAACUGACCAGCGGCCUUGCAUCCGCAAACAUAUGUGUCUCACCUGUGGAGGGCAGCACCCAUCCAAGACGUGCACCUGUAGCACCUCUUCCAAUGGACCCCCUACCAAAUCGGCUCUGGCCAACUGAUCUUCCUCCCCCCUGGCUGUCCCAAGCGGUUCCAGCGGCCCUUCGCGACGACUCGCCUGUCCCAACCGGCUCCAUCCUCGACAUCACGACACCCCUCCUUGUACCCCCCACCGCCAUUGCUCUCCACCAGCUGAUCCCCCUCCAAACCCUCCAAACCCUCCAACCUCCGGCCCACCCCAACACCACCCUGAACGCCCCUCUCUAUCCAGACAGCGGCAUCCCAGCUCGCCAUGGAACAAUGCAGGCUACGGUAGCCCACUGGCACCAGGCGCUUCUCCACUAUCCCGACCGCCUCUUCGUGGCUCAACUUUUGGGCGCAAUCACACAUGGGGUCCACCUGGGUUACGCAGGGCCCCUCCGCCGCCUCGGCCGCUUUGCGAAUCCCAAGAACCUGCCCAUGGACCACAAAGGUGAGACACAUGUCCAAGUUGAAAUUGCGACUCACCUCCUGGAGGGGCGCCUGGUCGAGGUUGACCCUCGCGCGUGCAAUCUGGUCUGCUCGCCAAUUGGGGUCGUGCUGAAACCACACUUGUCCAAACUCCGCACCAUACACCACCUCUCCCACCCCCGCCUACCUCGACCCGACCAGAUGCCAUCCGUCAAUGAUGGCAUUGCCCCUCAUUUCACCUCGAUCCGGUAUGCCUCCUUGGCCAACAUCUUGGCCUUCAUCUGGGAGAACCCAGGCUGUCGCCUCUGGAAGAGCGACCUGACCGACGCCUUCCGGCACAUCGUCACGACUCUUGCCAAUGCCCGGUUACUUGGCUUUUCCUAUGCUGGGCGUUACUACAUGGAGACCGGCCUCACCUUCGGAGGCUGCAGCUCCCCUUGGCUGUUCAAUCUCUUCGCUGAGGCCCUGCACUGGGUCCUGCAGUCUACGACGCCCAACCCCGUCAACCACUACUUGGACGACUUCUUUGGUGCAGUCCCGGCCGACACCGACCCAGGUCAGCCCCUGCAUGCUCUUGCUUUGGCGUGUUCAGCCCUUGGUCUUCAACUUGCGCCUCUAAAGACCUUCUGGGCUGCGACCAAGUUGGAGAUCCUGGGCAUCCAGAUCGACACAAUCCAGCAGAGCAUCAGCAUCACUUCCGAACGCCGCUCGCGUAUCCUUGACGCCGCCAACAUCCUCCUGACCCGGUGCUCCGCUCGCCUUCAUGACUGGCAAUGCAUUGCUGGUCUUCUUCAAUUCGUCUCCCAGGUAGUGCUGCAUGGCAAGGCUUAUUUACGCCGCCUGUAUGAUGCCUCGAAAGCGGCCCAUCAGCACCCAUUGUGCCUCCGCCCCAUUUCACAACCCGCCACUGACGAGCUCCGUUGGUGGCAGUCCACCCUCCAGUCGUGGGCCGGUCACUCCCUCCUUCAGCCAUCUCCUCUGCUGAUUGAGCACAUCUGGACUGACGCUUCCAAGCACGGCUACGGGGCUCACUUGGGCCUCAUGCGAUCCCCCACCGCAGCUUUCUCUUGGGAGGUGAAUUGA